AUGUCUUCUCCAACAGGUAUCAAAACUUACACCUCAGCACCCGUGAACCCCAACAUACAGGAAGAAGGCACACACACAACAACCUCACAGCCCGAACCCGCCACCGCAGAGUCCGCAACAGCACCGUCUCAACCUCAACCAGCACCCGCAACAACAACAGCAGCAGCAGCAGCAGCAGCAGCUCCCGCAAACCCUCCAAUCAACCCAACCGCUGAUCCAACCCCAGCACCACCCCAACCAGGUGCCACAGCAGCACAACCAACCCCAACAGCAACAACAUCCACCGACAAACCACCACCAACAAGCUCCUUCCCAGAGCCAGCAACAUCUACAACCAAAACCCCACCCGCACCUCAGCCAGGCGCCCAGCCAACACCAGAAACUGGCGCAGAGCCAACGUCAUCCACAACUACAACCCCUUCCGCACCUCAACCAGGCGCCCAUCCCUCCCCAGCACCAGCACCAGCAACAGCGACAACAACCCAGUCUCCAUACCCCCAACCCCCGAAAGCAGGUGAAAUCCACCCAUCGCCAGCAGCCCAACCCCAAAGCUACGCGCAGUCAUACUCGUACGCGCCAACUCUAGGUCCGCAGACUGCAAUGCCUAACUCGACAUCCUCGCCUUAUUCAUCUGUGUACCAGGCGAACGCGGGCUCGCACGCUCGUCCGCAGACUUUGCCGUUGCAUUACGAUCCCGGUGCUGGGGCUGGGUCUGGUGGUGGAGCGAGUAGUAUCUUCCCUGCCGAGGAGGAGGAAGGGUUUCUUGGUGCGGCGAAGGGGUGGAUGAGGUGGUCUGGGAAUAAAUUGGCUGAGGUUGAGAAGGGGGUUUGGAAGAAGAUUAAUGAUGUUCAUGAUUAG